UUGUGUCUGCGGCAGUCAGCGAACCGGGACAGGAUCUUUCUUACAUUAUACAACUUUUAAAUGUUUUUUUAACGAAAACUGGUAAUUAACAUCGCCUAUUCGGUUAACACAAUACAUCUAAAUGUUACAUUGUAGUGUUACAAUACGAAAGUGAAUAAUCCGGCGAUCGCAAAAAUCCACAGUCGUCCAUUAGCUAGCGUUAGCUAACGUUAACGCUCACAAUACGGUUGCGAGACAUUGGUGGUUUAGGCCUCUGCUAUGUAAUGUUAGCAUAAGCUAAACUAACUCUAAACUAAAUUAGCACAAUCUAUCGCGUUUUAGCUAGUUUGAUAAUACAAUCCAGAGUCACGAUGUUGUUUGUGUGUCGUUAACAUUAUUCGGUCUAUUCCUGUAUCCAACGUUAUCUAAUAUUUGCCGAUCUCCAUUCAGUAGCGGUAGUGUGUCUUUCCAACACUGCGGGAAAUCGCUCGUAGUUCGAUCCAGCUAACUUUGGGCUACUUUGUGUUAUUCUACAGUAAGUAUCUGAUUGUUUUCUUGACUGUCUUGGGUUUUAGAUUUGACGAUACAUACCUCGAACCAACACUGAAGGUGACGCUGCUAUUUGGUGGUUCUAGUUAACGUUAGCCUGUAACGUUAGAUUAACGACGUUUUGCUUGUGGUUCCAGGAGAAGAACAUUUUGUACCGUUACUUGUUAGGCAACUUUAGUACCUUUUGUGAAUCCAUAUUUCUUUCCCGUUAUUUUAGUUUAAGUGACAUCUUAAGUGUGUAGAGGGCAGUUGUCCUGUUUUUUAAGAUGGAAGCCAGAGUUGUACUACAAGCUGAUCAUAAGUGGCGAAUCAAGGCCUACCUGUUUAGAAAAGAUAUACAACCCAGGUCUAGACUCCCCAAAUUGGGAGAGUUAACGUUAGUUUUGACUUAUUUUAUAUUAGAUACUUGCAAUAUAUAACCAUGGGUAGAUUGUGAAAAGACAAAGUGUCUGUCCUCUGACCUGGACCCCUGUUAACACUAACUUCUAGAUCACUCAGAAGUCAUGAUAGAGAGCAUAACUGUCUCACUAUACUGUACCUAUGUGUGGAACUGUCUCCUCUGAAUUUCUGUACAACUGUCUGUCUCUGAAUAACACCUUUUCAGUUCCCUGGGGAGUGUUUUUGAUUGAUUUGUAGGUUUGAAACCACCCACUUGGUCCUUUGUGGGGAUCCCUGGAUAUGGAUAGCUUGCCCCUCAUGAGAAUACAGUGGCAGAAGAUUUUUUUUUCACUUUUCAGCACUGGCUGAAAAUCUCUAAAGGCUUGAAUAUACAGCCAAUAUUUUUUUAUACUACCUUCACCCAAAUGUUCCCAGGUGUGCACAAUUUCAUCACGUCCAAGAAGAAGCUGCGGAUUGUUUUUCCACCUACCAUCCACCCCCUUUUUGCCACAUCAAUUCUAGCAUUUUUGGAUCCAUUUUUGGGGGCUUUUCUGGCUGUUUAUGCCCCCCCCCCACUUAUUUAAUUCUCUCCCAUUAAUAAAAAAAAAUAAAAAAAUCUCCAAAGGACUCUUGCAUUCACCAUCAGUAAUGUUAAGCAGUCUGGCGGAGAUAAAGAUGUCUCAGAGAGUGAGAAAAGGAAUGUCGUAGGAAGACAAGUGUCUCUGGGCGACCCACUCCCCUUUUCCUCUUAUCUUACGGAUCAAGUGUUCCUUCAGGACUCUAUACCACCACGGAGACACCCUACCAGCAGUGCACUCAAGAGGGAGACAACUUCUUAGCCACCUCAGAGAACCAGCUGCUCGGUUAAAGGUCGUAACCUCAUCACCCUUGCCACUCAAGACGCAGACCAGCUAUGACUAACCAUGGAGACGACUGCUACUUCUUUUACUAUUCCACCUGCGCUAAAGGAGACGGCUGCCCAUACAGACACUGUGAGGCAGCUAUGGGAAGUGAGAUUGUCUGCAACCUCUGGCAGGAGGGACGCUGCUUCCGCACCGUCUGCAAGUUUCGCCACAUGGAGAUCACGAAAAACCGUAAGGAGAUAUGUUGUUACUGGGAGAGCCAGCCCGCAGGCUGCCAGAAGCCUCACUGUGCCUUCUUCCAUGAAAGACCCCGCUGCAUCGAUGGUGUCUUUGUUCCACCUGAUAAAAGUUUAAGCAAAACGGAGGAACAGCCACAUGAGGAACCAGCUCCCCUGCCCGCUGCCCCGCUCCCCACUGCAGCCAAUCCACAGCUCAGAGGUGUCAUAAAGACAGAAACUCAGGAGCCCGUACCAAGUCCCACCCACCCACCAGUGGUGAUUAAUCCGGCAGAUGAUGACGAGGAUGAAGAUGACCAGUUCUCAGAGGAGGGAGAGGAUGGAAAGGUUGGGCCUUCACCUAGGAAACUACUCAAAUCGGACGAUUCGCUGAGCUUUGGAGUGAGCACCCUGGAGGAGAUUCGGCUGAGGAAGGCCCUGAAGGCCAGCAUGAAGAGAGCUGGUUACCCCAUCCAGAGUUCGGAUACCUCGGCCAACGGCGAGAUGGAAAACAUCCGGUCAUUGUUUCGACCAACCUUCUACGAGGCGGGAGAUGACUCACUCAUCUUUGAAGAAACUGGGAGACGAAGAGGCACUGUGGCUGAAAGACUUGGCAGGAAGAUGCCCAACACUGAUUUGCAAUUUGGAGACGGAGUUUCACUAAGAAGGGGUCUAACAGAGAGUCUGGGCACAUUUGGGGAUGGGGAAGAGCCCUUCCUGCCCCCUUACAAAGCUCCCGAACAGAUUCGCAUUAAAACUUUGGAGGAGAUCAGACAGGAGAAGGCUGCAAAGUCUCAAUCCCAGAGCCAGAAAGAAAAUCCUUCAGACGUGGCUCUCAAAACCAACAGACCCAAAACCACCAAAGGUGUCAAGCGAGCCAUCACCAUUAGAGACGGCUCCGUUAGCAAUGUCAAGAUGUUCUCAGAGGUCCUUCGUGCCAAAAAGAAAAGGCAGGAGGAACAGGAUACUGACUCUAAGAUGAGCCGGGGAGAGUCAGACCCAGCGACUCCUGAUCCCGAAGCUGCAAACGUGGGGCAGCUUAGAGUGAAGACUCUGGAGGAGAUCCGCAUGGAGAAGGCAGCAAAGAUCCAGACUCUGCAGACCAUGGGGGCUGAAACCAAGAAGAGCCCCGGUACUGAGGAGAACGGCGCUAAGAAGCCUCCCCUGCUCAAGGAACUGGAUUCCCAAAGAAGCGUCACAACAGAGAAGAGUGCUGAGGUGACAGAGAAGCCUGUGAAAACUCCUCCUGCUUCUCCUGAGACCCGUGUUGCCACCAGUAACGGCGUCAAGGUCAAGACCUUUGAGGAGAUCAUGCGGGAGAAACGCCUCCGCAAGCAGGAAAUGGAGGAGCAGGCCAAAGACUCUGCGGAAGCAGAGCCUGCUCAGAAACACACCGAUGGAGGAACCCUGAAGAGGAAGGUUCCUGCCAAAAUCAGUCUGACGAGCCCACGCUCUUCACCCCCUUCCUCCACCACUGUGGCCCCUGACUCUACCCUUUCCACCCAAAAGCUCCCUGUUGGUAAACCGAUCGUCCUCAAAUCAAAGGCUGCUUCCCCUCUAUACAGCACUACUCAUCGUGCUAGAGGUGCUGCCGUCAAAGCUGCCACCUCAGUCCUCGUGAAGCAGAACUCUCCUCCACUGGAGGCCGAGUCCGACUCGCAGAGCCCCAGCUGCUCCAGGGAGGUCCCGGACAAAAACACAAGGAGUUCUACUGCACUGUCACCAGCCAAGCAGGACAGAGUAGCUGCAACGGCUCUCACUUCUGAUAAGACACAGAACAAUAAUCCAAAGAAAUCCCCAGAGCACAUUGCAGACACCACCAACGUGAGGCCCAAGCUGAACGUGAAGCCGUCUGUCAUGAAGCCUGCGGCGCAGGUGAAGCCAGGCCAGAAGAGAUGGGGAGCAGAGCGCUCCGCUGUCGCUGCAGUCAAACCUCUGAGCAGCACCUCCACAGUGCUGCAUGAACCGCAGCAGGAGACGGCGAGCAGAGACCGACAGGAGAUCCCGUCCUCCAAUGCAGAGGCUCAGCUGAGCUCUGCUGCUCCCAGAAGUCCCAGCACCCUGUUGGACUCCGGCUCUGGCUGCAGCCCACUGAGGGAGGACCUCCAGACCGUCCCCGUCUUCAAACAGAGUCUGAACCAAGACCCCAAGCAGACCUCUAAUGUAGCUGCUGCCAGCGAGGCCUGCACAGUCCCCCAAAGCCCGCUCCUGAAGACUCAGACCAAGUCCCGCAGACUAAGCGUGGCCGCGUCCCGCACCGCCGCCACCUCCAGCGCUACUGCCUCCAACUCGGCCAUGGACGACUUUGAAGAGCUUAUCAACGAGUUCACCGAUGACCACCUGGAGGAAGACGUGGACCCUGGCAUCGGAGAGGACGACCUGCUGCAGGAACUGUCCGAGAUGAUUGACAGCUGAGGGUCCCAUCGAACCCAAUCUACUCUCUGCCCAAACUACUCUCUCUCAACCAUCACCCACUAUAGAACAUAAACAAAUAUAUAUCUAUAUAUUUUAAGCUUUCGGUUAAUAUUUGUUUUCCCCUUUAGACAGCUCUCCUUUCUCAUUUCCUGCCAAUAGGAUCAUCUGCUCACCCGGACAGAUCUUCUACAGGGCUGAGAUUAUCGUUUUAUUAUACGUUUUAUAUUUUCAUGAUUGCCGAAGUGUUGAGAACGUCCUCCCGUUAGCAGGAUUCCUUGAACAUGUCGAGUUUGAAUGAAUGCGUUGUUUUUAGAGAGAAGUCCUAUCUGUAUACCGUGUAUGCAAAGGGAAGAGCAAGCUGAGAACAGAAAUACUGAAUCCUGCUGCACUUACAGGGCCUGCAGUGCCCCCCGACUACUUGUGUUUUUGUUUUUCUAUGUCUACUGGUUUACUUCUGUUGCCCAGCAGUCAUCAAAGGUUACUUUCGGGAUCGCUCUAUUUAUCAAGUGUACGGGGCUUCUAGGUUUCCAUCAGAUCUUAUAGAGAGUGUCUUCUGCCAGUGGAUGUUCUUUACCAUUUUUUUUUUUUUUAAACCAGUUUUCAGUGGGUAUCCUUUGACGCAACUUGUGAGUGCUCUCUGGGCUUUGAUAAUGAACACCUCAGGUACCAUUUCUGAUGUGAUUGACAAACACCGUUUGAACUCCACACUGCUGUCUUUGGUUGUCUUGUUCUUUUGUGUCAGCCUUGGUUUAUGAAUGUGAUCUGAGAAAUAAUCAACUCGUUUUUUGGAUUUAAUGCAUGUUGGCUCUUUCCUGACCUGUUCCCACAAGCUUACUGUUCAAAGUCACUUGUACAUAUUACUGUGUAAUAAAAAGUGCUUUUAAUGAG